CCAAUCCCAGCCCCAAUGGCGUCCACUGCCGCGCCGCCCGCCGCCCUCGUCGCCCGCCGCGCCGCAGCCGCGUCCACCGCGGCGCCGCUCCGGCGCGCGGGGCUCGCGGCCGGGUGCCAGCCGGCGCGGUCGCUGGCGUUCGCGGCCAGCGGCGCCGCCGGCGCCGACCCGCGCCUCGCGAUCCACGUCGCCUCGCGCUGCCGCGCCGCCUCGUCCGCGCGCGGCACCCGCGCCGUCGCCACCAUGGCCAAGAAGAGCGUGGGCGACCUCGGCGCCGCCGAGCUCGAGGGGAAGCGCGUGCUCGUCCGGGCCGACCUCAACGUGCCGCUCGACGACAGCCAGAACAUCACCGACGACACCCGUAUCCGCGCCGCCAUCCCCACCAUCAAGUACCUCCUCGAGAAGGGCGCCAAGGUCAUCCUCUCCAGCCACUUGGGUCGCCCAAAGGGUGUUACUCCUAAGUUUAGCUUGGCUCCCCUUGUGCCAAGAUUAUCCGAGCUUCUUGGCAUUACGGUGACAAAAGCAGAUGAUGUUAUUGGCCCGGAGGUUGAGAAAUUGGUGGCAGCCCUGCCAAACGGUGCUGUUUUGCUCCUCGAGAAUGUAAGGUUCUACAAGGAAGAGGAGAAGAAUGAACCCGAGUUUGCAAAGAAGCUCGCUGCACUAGCAGAUCUUUACGUAAACGAUGCAUUCGGAACAGCCCACAGAGCACAUGCAUCCACUGAGGGAGUUACCAAGUUCUUGAAGCCUUCUGUUGCAGGAUUCCUUUUGCAGAAGGAACUUGACUACCUUGAUGGAGCUGUUUCAAACCCUAAGCGCCCAUUUGCUGCCAUUGUGGGUGGUUCAAAGGUGUCAUCCAAGAUUGGGGUUAUCGAAUCCCUGUUGGAGAAGUGUGAUAUCCUUCUUUUGGGUGGUGGUAUGAUCUUCACAUUUUACAAGGCACAAGGACUCUCUGUGGGCUCUUCCUUGGUUGAGGAAGAUAAACUUGAGCUGGCAACAACUCUCCUGGCAAAGGCAAAAGCGAAGGGUGUCUCCCUUUUGUUGCCAUCUGAUGUUGUCAUUGCUGAUAAGUUUGCUCCUGAUGCUAACAGCCAGACUGUUGCAGCAUCUGCAAUUCCUGAUGGUUGGAUGGGGCUGGACAUUGGCCCAGAUUCAGUCAAAACAUUCAAUGAUGCCCUGGACACAACACAGACAAUCAUUUGGAAUGGACCAAUGGGUGUCUUUGAAUUUGACAAGUUUGCAGUUGGAACUGAGGCUGUUGCAAAGAAGUUGGCGGAGCUUAGCAAAAAGGGUGUCACAACUAUUAUUGGAGGUGGAGACUCCGUUGCAGCUGUUGAGAAGGUGGGAGUGGCUGAUGUUAUGAGCCACAUCUCAACGGGAGGUGGUGCUAGCUUGGAGUUGUUGGAAGGAAAGCAACUCCCUGGAGUCGUCGCAUUGGACGAAGCUGUCACAGUCACCGUAUGAGGCUAAGCUUCACCCUGUUGCAUCUUCAGUUUUCAUUGUACUGUUCUAAACGUGCUAUGUUCUCGUUUGCACCUCUUCGACCACUCGAAAUGUAAGAGACCAAUGUUUUAUAGAGAAAUACUGGGAGAUGUUUGAAUAACACCCCUCACCAUUUGUGUUCA